AUGGAUCAGGACUCGAUACACUCGCAGGAGGCGCAGGCAGCACAGGAUGGCAAGAAGGAAAAGAGCAGGAGACCGCCCAACACGGCCUUCCGACAGCAGCGCUUGAAGGCCUGGCAGCCCAUCCUCACCCCCAAGACGGUGCUACCGCUGUUCUUCGCCGUCGGAGUCAUCUUCGCCCCGCUAGGAGGUCUGCUACUAUGGGCGAGCUCGCAGGUCCAGGAGAUGUCGAUUGAAUACCAGCACUGCACACGCGAUGCCACCAACGAUUUUACCACCAUCCCCUCAAAAUACGUCUCGAGCCACUUCAAGAAUGCCACUACCCCCUCGCAAGUUCCUCAAUGGCGCACCCGCAACCAAACAAUCGCCUACCAUAACGGCCUUGUCAACAUCGACACGCCCAUUUGCACCCUGCGCCUCUACAUCCCUGACGACCUGUCCCCGCCCGUCCUCCUCUACUAUCAACUCACAAACUUCUACCAGAACCACCGUCGCUAUGUCAAGUCGUUCGACCAGGAUCAGCUCAAAGGAGACUUUGUUGAUAACAACACCAUCUCCAACAGCGACUGUGACCCCCUGCGUCUUGGUGAAGACGGUAAGGCAUACUAUCCUUGCGGUCUGAUCGCAAACUCGCUCUUCAACGACACCUUCAGCUCUCCACGCCUGCUGAACGCGGGCAACGACGCCGAGGCCGUCAACUAUACUAUGGUCACAAAUGGUACCGCAUGGGCAAGUGAUCGCGAUCUGUACAAGCAAACCUCCUACACUGUCGAUCAGGUGGUCCCUCCACCAAACUGGCGCAUGAUGUAUCCCGAGUACAGCAACGAUAUCCCUAUCCCAGACAUCCAUGAGUGGGAAGCGUUCCAUGUAUGGAUGCGCACCGCCGGUCUCCCUGCCUUCAGCAAGCUGGCCCUGCGUAAUGACACUGCCACCAUGCAAAGUGGUCAGUACGAAAUGGACAUCUAUGACUAUUUCCCCGUUAAUGAAUACCACGGCACAAAAUCCGUCCUCUUCAGUACUCGCACCAUCAUGGGUGGCAAGAAUCCUUUCCUCGGCAUUGCAUACAUUGUAGUUGCUGGUGUCUGCAUUGUUCUUGGUGCCUUGUUCACGGCAACCCAUUUGAUCAAGCCUAGGAAACUCGGUGACCAUACCUACCUGAGUUGGAACAACGAUCAACCUAGUACUGCUACCACUACCGGCAGGGCCUAG